GUAACUCUAUGGGCUUCUACUGGAGACUGUGGGACACUGAGAGGAUCUAGGGACCCCGGAGCCCCCUGAGCUGCUGCUUCUUCUUCUUCUUCUUAUUAUUAUUAUUAUAUAGAUUAACUGAGCAGGGGAGAGAGUCAUUGGUAGAACAGUCAGUGGAAAUGCUGAAAGGUGCUGAUUUGGGAUUGGCCUGAUCUGUUGGAAUCUCCUUCACCAUGUGGUCCUGGUUCCUCCCAAUUCUGGGGGUGCUCGUCCUGGCUCGGGGCUCCUCGGGAGGGCGCCUCUGUGCCCCAUUGAAUUUCGGACAGAGUUCAGUUGUGUGUCAGUGUAACGCCACCUACUGUGACACUCUGGACCCCAUUGUCGUCCCAUCUGUGGGCAACUUCAGUGUCUAUGAGACGAGCCAGUCUGGGAAACGUCUGCAAGUCAUGUCUGGAACCUUCACCAAGAGGCAACCAUCCCCAAUGGAUCUUGUGCUGACGCUCAAUGAUAAGAAGAAGUUCCAGACCAUUAAGGGAUUCGGUGGAGCAGUGACGGACUCGGCCGCACUCAAUAUAUUGUCCCUUUCAGAUGAGACCAAGGAAAACCUGCUCAGAUCCUACUUCUCAGAGGAAGGUAUUGGCUACAACAUUUUGCGGGUUCCUAUGGGCAGCUGUGACUUCUCCACACGGAUCUACACUUACCUGGACACCGAGGGAGACUUCAGCAUGAAGACGUUCAGCCUGCAGGUGGAGGACACCAAGUUAAAGAUUCCUCUUAUCCAGAAGGCCAAAGAGUUGUCCAACAGGUCCAUCUCUCUCUUUGCGAGUCCUUGGACAUCCCCCCCAUGGAUGAAGACCAAUGGGGCCAUUACUGGGAAGGGAACCUUGAAAGGGAAGCCUGGAGAUCAAUAUCACAAGACCUGGGCCAACUAUUUUAUCAGGUUUUUGGAUGAGUAUGCCAAGCUCAAUGUGACGUUUUGGGCUGUGACAGUGGAGAACGAGCCAACUGCUGGGCUGGUCACUGACUACCCCUUCCAGAGCUUGGGAUUCACCCCCGAACACAUGAGGGAUUUCAUCGCCUCCGACCUUGGCCCGGCAUUUGCCAACAGCUCUCACAAGCAAGUGAAAAUCAUGAUCCUGGAUGAUAAUCGCCUCCUGCUUCCUUAUUGGGCCAAAGUGAUACUGUCGGAUCUCAAGGCUGCUCGCUACGUGCACGGUAUUGCUGUGCAUUGGUACCUGGAUGCCAUUGUUCCUGCUGAUGUCACAUUGGGGCGCACCCACCAGCUGUACCCAGACUACUUCCUCUUUGCCUCCGAGGCUUGUACUGGUUUUACACCUUGGAACAAGGGUGUUCAACUGGGGUGUUGGGACCGGGGAAACCAGUACAGUCACAGAAUCAUAGAGGACUUGAAUUACUAUGUGACGGGUUGGACUGACUGGAAUUUGGCGCUGGAUAUAGAAGGGGGUCCCACGUGGGUUGAAAAUAACGUAGACAGUCCCAUAAUUGUUGACCUCAGCAAAGACGUCUUCUACAAGCAGCCGAUGUUCUACCACAUGGCGCAUUUUAGUAAAUUCAUUCCGGAGGGAUCUCGGCGUGUGGGGCUGGACCUCAAUCAGGGGAGUCAACUAGAAACUGUGGCCUUCCUCUCCCCAGAUGGCUCUGUUGCGGUGGUGGUUGUUCUAAACAGGGAGUCGGUGGAUGUGAAGUUUUUGAUUUCAGACCCAAGUCUGGGAGUCAUAGACACAGUGUCCCCAGCAAACUCCAUCCAGACCUACAUCUGGAGGCGCCAGUGAUGGACCCAGUGGCCGAAGAACUAACAUUUCUCAUAUUGACAUUAAUAAUAGCAGCUUGAUCCAAUGGGCUGAGCAUGAACUAAACCAGUCCUGGAGAUGAGGUGGGUCUGUGGUCUGAAAGUCCUGUCCCAGAAUCCUAUGUGCCUUAUUCUCUCUGGAGUCUGUUGAUAACAAGGGGCAGGACUUUCACGGCUCUCCACUAUGGACCCCCACAGGAGGAUCUGGCACAUAAUGUUCAGCCUGGGCCCCUGUGUUGCACUGAGAAACCCCUCGCUCACUGCAGAAAGAAAGCAUUGAUUUCUUCUCAUCUAAUGAUACAUAAGGACCCCUCAAUUCCUUGCUGUCCCCCUAUUAAUCUUGAACUUUGCUCACAACAUGAUUUCUCAUCAA